GGGAAAGGAAGCCAUUCGUGGUCUGAUUGAACCAGUGAGCUGGGCACACGCAAAUGGGCAAGCACUGACCCUAGCUCCGUUUUCCUGGCAUGGGAAAGCGCAAAUACGCAAACCCCAGACACCUGCUAUAGCCAAGGGUAGAAAAUCCUGCCUUUGAAGGAAGCAAGACCGGGCACCCGCACUGCAUUGACUGACCUGAGGCACUAGUCUUAUUGUUGCAGCUACUUCGGAGUAAUAGUCACAGAGCCCAGCCCUUGUAUAAGGAAAAGUCUGAGGCUGCUGUGCCAUCUAUUUGCACACCAGAGCCAUGAAUGGCUACGGUUCUCCCUACCUGUAUAUGGGGGGUCCAGUGUCUCAGCCCCGUGCCCCCCUGCAGAGGACCCCGAAAUGUGCCCGCUGUAGGAAUCAUGGGGUCCUUUCCUGGCUGAAAGGACACAAGCGUUACUGCCGCUUUAAGGACUGUACCUGCGAGAAGUGCAUCCUCAUCAUAGAGAGGCAGAGGGUGAUGGCUGCCCAGGUGGCACUCCGGAGGCAACAGGCCAACGAGAGCUUAGAAAGCUUGAUCCCAGAUACACUCAGGUCAGUGCCAGGUCUGACUUCCAGUCUGCCCACGGACACCAACCAGCAGCCUGGCCGCCCUGCAGAAAUGGGCAUCAGAUGGGCACAGGAGGCUCCCUCCAGCAUGGCGCUUUCUGUGAAGGCAGACCUGGCAGAGGAGAGGAUGGGGGACAGCAGCGGCACAGAGGCCGGGGAGACAUACAGCGAAAAAGACGCAGAGCACCGGAGCUCUCCAGAAGGGAAGCCUUGCUGUACCCCAGACAGCCCUGAGGCGGUGCCAGUUGCAGAGGAGGGGUACCCUGUGCACAAAUCCUGCAGCACCACGGACAGCACCACGGACAGCUCCAAGUACCCGGAGGAGCAGGGACAUCUAGUAAUUGAGGGAGCCACCGGCACCGUGUCGCUUCCCUUCAACCUGAAGGCCAACAGGCCGCCCCUAGAGGUUCUUAAGAAGAUAUUUCCUAGUCAGAAGCCCACAGUCCUUGAACUCAUACUGAAGGGGUGCGGUGGGGACUUGGUGGGGGCAGUAGAAGUGCUUCUGUCCAGCAGAUCCUCAGUAGCUGGUGAGAGAACUGCACCUGAACCCGAAAGCAUAGUGUUGCCUCACAAUGGCCAUUUGUUCGAACACACGCUCAGUUCAUACCCCUUAUCCUCAUCCAAGUGGUCUGUGGGAUCUGCCUUUAGGGUGCCAGAUACGUUACGCUUCUCUGCAGAUUCUAACAACGUGGUCCCCAACCCUCUGGCUGUACCACUGCAGCACCCCUUCCCUCAGCCCCCCAGGUACCCUCUUCUCCUCCGGAACACCUUGGCAAGAAACCAGUCCAACCCAUUCCUGCCCAAUGAUGUGACCUUAUGGAACACCAUGACCCUGCAGCAGCAGUACCAGCUGAGAUCUCAGUAUGUCAGCCCUUUCUCAGGCAAUUCCUCCAGUGUGUUCAGAAGUUCCCCUGUGCUCUCUGCCAGACCCCCUGAAGACCCUAGAAUAUCAGUGUCUGAAGAGAGCUGCCCCAUUGUGGUCAAACAGCCAAUUUACACAGAGGAUGACUAUGAUGAGAGAUCAGAUUCAUCAGACUCCAGAAUACUCAACAAUUCCUCUUAAAGGGUGCUGUGGCUCAUUGGGCCAAACCAAGAGACUAGCAGUGAAAUGAACAGGAAGAUCUGUAGUAAAACCCCCUUAUCUAACUUUAUUUAAUGCCCCAUUUCCUCCUGCACUUGGCAAAGCAAUAAGUAGAGGCUGGAGUGCCUAUUAUUAUAUAGCUAGUUAUGAACUAUGUAAAUAUUAUUUAAAAGAAACAUAUACAUUUGUAUCAGUUAUUCCUAGCUUCAUGACAUGUGCCAAUGAAUAGCACAAAAACUCUAUUCUCCAAAGAGCUGCAGUCAAAAACCCAUUUGGAUUUGGAGCUCAGUACUACCAUAGUAAUUUGGGUCUUAGUACUUUUUUUGUGCACAGAAUAACAGAACAUCAGGCCCAAACCUACAACCUGGAAACUCAGAGGGUCUACUGUAAGCUCUAAGUGCAUUAUACUGGACCUGUGUUCGGUUGUUUUGGUCUUUGUGAAAAUUAAAUGUCAAGGUUCAUGUUGAACCUCAGUCCAGACAUGCAGGGCACAUUACAAUAUCAUCCUUCCUCCUGUUAACUGCUGAGUGCGUGGCAAUAAGACAAUAUUAUGGAGCCCUUGCCCUGACAGCUGCCUGCGUGAGGGUAUUACAGAAUAUUACAGAACUUGAGUGAGAGGUGACUUACUGAAGCAACCCAUGGCAGCCCUCCCCUGUCUUCUCACGCUAGAAAAGAACAUAUGUAAUGUAAAUGUAAUACUGCUAAACAGAAUGUGAACUGCAUGGAUUGCAUUGUUAAAUGAGCCCAACAGCAAAUACUGUCAGGUUAAUGUAGCAUGCUAAGGACUCUGGCAGAAAUAAAACAGAUAAUGAGCAUGCCA